AUGCCAGAAAUAUUCCUAAGGAGAGACCUUCUAAUUGUACUUUUAACUAUCUUAUUACUGCCUGCUUAUAUGUGCUCUUAUAAUAUAUAUGCAGAUAUAAACUCACCAGGCAGGUUAAACAAUAGUAAUUCUGAAGGAAAUAGCACUAGAGACCAACUUAAUCCAGAAGAAAAUAAUUCUUCAGAUGUGAAGUGUAACUCACAUGAAAAUGAAUCUACAACGGAUAAGAGACCUUUUUUUAAUGAACUACUGCAAAAACACAUAUAUACCCCUGAUUUUGAUGAAAUUCAAAACCCAUUCAUGGGAUAUUUUAGACAUAGUUAUAAUUUAUCCCAAAUUGCCUCUGCCUUUAUGGGGUUUAAUUGCAUAAGCAAAGAAACAGCUGACUUUAUAGUGAAUUCUCUAUCACAUAAUUACCCAGAUCUAUGGCUGCCCCCAUCAGACGUACUUUCCAUGAGUGAGUUAAAAACAAAGAUAUUAUUAACACUUGAUAGUGUUAAGGGACUUAGACUAGAGUUUGAAGCAACAAAAUCUGUCUUUGAGAGUGUAUAUACGUCUUUCUCAGAAGAUCUCAUAACAAAAAACCUAAAGAGAUACAGUCAGGCCAUGGAGACACUCAGGAUGUACAGAAUCCUGGAGGCAAAGACUAUGUAUAAGCUAAAACAUAUUUGGAAGCCAGAAAGUAAGGCAAAAGAAAAGAUGGAUUUAUUUGAGCACUUUAAUCCGUCUGCUAAUAUGACAGCAAGAAAGAAGUAUAUUCUUAAGAAUAGAAAUAUAUUCCAGCAUAGUAUUAGAUCAUUGUAUGUGGCUAAGUUAUUAGGCGUAGUUGCCUGCAGUGCCAUGAAAUUCAAUUUUAAAUCGAUCUUACGCCUUAAUCUAACCAUGAAAACCUUGAAGCAAGAGUCUAGUUUAGACGAUUUAACUGAUAUGUCUGAGUCCUUCAAUAGUCUCAAUCCAUUCGAGUUUAACUACGAGACUGUAAAGUCACAUGAAGAUAAGUUUAAGCAGCUCUUAAAGAACUAUGUUGAAAUAAUAAACAUGGAAGACCGUAAUUUCAGAGAUGAAUACUUCACCUUAGAAGAAGGAAUCCAAGGAGAUUUAAGAAUGCAUGGUACCAUCCUGAGUACCACAGUGACUAAUAAGCACAUAAAAUACAUAAAUACUAUUUUAAGCUUACUAACAGAAGUCAUAGACUCUAAUGAAUACAUAUUACAAAGAAUUAAUGAAAUUCUCAACCAGAAUAUAAAACCACUUCCAGCAACAAAUCACCCAAGUGAAAAUAGAAUUGCAGUAUGGGCCUUUGGUGGCUCUGCAGCAGGUUACUUAAUUUCCGCGAUAUUCCAAGAUAUCAUUAGAUCUAUCAUUCCCAUACAGCUUAAUAUAAAAGGUGUUAUCAAUUAUAUACCACCACCAGGAAUAGCAGAUCAAAUAGCUGCUGCAACUACACCCAGUAUUAACUAA